AUGCCUGGUGCCCGGGCACCUAAUCUUGAUCUCAAGUCCAGCGCUUUAAACCUGCAUGACCUAAACCUCCUCCAGCAUUACAUUCUGCAUACCUCAAAGAACUUCAGUCUCAAUUCUCGCAAGAGCUUUAUAUGGGAGCGGAUCAUUCCCGAGAUCGCUGCCAAGAACGUCUUUCUUAUGCACUUGCUCCUCGCAGUAUCUGGCCUGAAUUUGUUGACAGCUCAAACCCCUGACAAGCGAACCUCUUUGACCUUAGACUCAACCGAACUUCGAACUCUGGUCGAGCAUCAUCAAAAGGGGUUACAGGGCCUCCAAGAAAGAUUAGCCUCUAUCGAGGAGACAAAUGCGGAGGUGUUAUUUGCUGGUUCGAUGUUGAUCGUUGCCUUUGCAUUUGGUUCGCUCCGAGCUCAGAACUUGGAGUUUCUUGCUCAGCCAUCCCAAAAUACCUCUCCUAGAGACUAUACUUUUCCGGGCCAUUCAAGUUCCUUCGGAAAGCCCCAUAUACAAUGGCUGCGACUGGUACGCGGUGUCAGCUCCAUUGCCAGGCAUUCUUGGAAGGCCCUCAAAAUAAGUCGAUUGAGACCACUGUUAUUAUUCAGCAAUUCCAACGAAGACUGGAGGCUACUAGGUCCUGGUCCGCUACCGACCAGCGUGUCACCUGGGUGUGCGCGAUCGGAAAAGCUUUCGUUAUUUGCAACAGGUGCCACUCGGGCCAUUUUGGGCUUGCGAAUUUUUUGGAGGACUCUUAAAGUCGCGAGACUUGAUACCGAUAGCCUAGCUCCAUCGCCGACGUCAAGCACCAGCCCCGAUAUCAACGGAGAUCCCGAGAGAGAUGAAUUUUUUACAAGCCAAGAGCAGGCAAUUUCGGUUGUUGAGCAGAUGUAUCAACGGAUCAUCUAUGUGCUCCAGCUAGAACGAAUCGAGCCUUGUUCAUCAACUCGUGACAUUCAAGCCGAACUAGAAGAUGCGGCUAUUACUUCUUGGCCACAUUUACUUCCUGAAACUUUCGUCUCGUCAUUGGACUCGGAAGGUAGUCCAGACAUACCUACCGGACUAUCCUUUAUCAUUCUUGCGCAUCUAUACUUGCUUCUUACACUACUACAUGAGCUCUGGUACCUUGGUGAAAACUUCGCCGUGGAAAUAAGAAAGAUCCAUAAAUUGGUAGCGGAUCUCGGCGAUCCCGAAUUAUUUAGUUUGAUGGAAUGGCCGAUGAACGUCGUGAACUCUAAAUCGGAUGGAUCUUGA